CGACCAGCCGCGGCGCGUCCGUCGGCCCCUCGCACACGCUUCCCUCCGCUCGCAGCCCCGAGGGUGAGUUGCCCCCGCGCCGGGCUUCGGGCAGGACCGCGCGGUCGUCUGCAGGCGCACCCGGAGGUGCACCCGCAGGCGGUGGCUGUUUAUAGAGGCGUGGAUAUUGAUACAAGAUGUGAGUCGUGUUAUUUCCACCUUUACCUUCUGAGGGCUUCUCACGCCUCACGGUGACAGGUGGCGAUCAUGACACCGAAGGGCGGUAUGAAGCCAGUGAAGAAAAACAAAGCGGACGAACCUGAAUUGGAGCCCCUGUGCUGCUGCGAGUACGUAGAUCGAAACGGGGAGAAGAACCACGUGGCUGCUUGCCUGUGCGACUGCCAGGAUCUCGACGAAGGGUGUGAGAGGUGGGUUACAUGUAAGUCUGUGCAGCCGGAGACUUGUGAAAGAAUCAUGGACACCAUCUCUGAUCGCCUCCGAAUUCCUUGGCUUAGGGGAGCCAAAAAAGUUAACAUUAGCAUCCUCCCCCCACUCAUCCUGCUGCCCGUCUUCCUCCGCGUGGCUUCCUGGCACUUCCUGCUGGGGGCGGUGGUCCUGACCUCCCUCCCUGUGCUGGCUCUGUGGUACUACUACCUCACUCACAGAAGGAAGGAGCAGACUCUGUUUUUCUUGAGCCUUGGACUGUUCUCUCUGGGCUACAUGUACUAUGUGUUCUUGCAGGAAGUGGUCCCCAAAGGGCGUGUGGGGCCUGCCCAGCUGGCUCUCCUUACCUGCGGGUUAUUUCUGAUACUCUUAGCCUUGUACAGAGCCAAGAAGAAUCCAGGCUACCUCAGAAGUGCAGCCAGCAGUGACAAGUCUCAAAGCAGCAGCCAAACCGAAUGCCCGAGCAGCGAAGGGCAGGAGAAGACCAAAGGGUUCCCCAGUGCGGAAGCCCUGGGCAGCCUCAGCAACCGCGCUCUGAAGGCUGAGCUUCAGGGCUCUCCUAAGACGCUGGCUGGAAGCCCCACCAGGGCGAAGGACGACUGGUGCGCCAAGUGCCAGCUGGUGCGACCGGCCCGCGCGUGGCACUGCCGGAUAUGUGGCAUCUGUGUGAAGAGAAUGGAUCAUCACUGUGUCUGGAUAAAUAGCUGUGUUGGAGAAUCAAAUCAUCAAGCAUUUAUACUUGCCCUUUCGAUCUUCUUGUUCACCUCGGUGUACGGGAUAACGCUGACCUUGGACACCAUUUGUAGAGAUAGAAGCGUCUUCACAGCACUCUUCUAUUGUCCUGGAGUUUAUGCAAAUGACAGCUCGGCCCUGUCCUUCACCUGCGUGUGGUACUCUGUGAUCAUCACAGCGGGCAUGGCCUACAUCUUCCUGAUCCAGCUGAUAAACAUCAGUUACAACAUCACCGAGAGGGAAGUCCAGCAGGCCCUUCGGCAGAAGACAGGGCGCAGGCUCCUCUGCGGGCUCAUCGUGGACACAGGCCAGUACAAUAGGGGCUUCCUGCGGAACUGGCACCAGUUCUCCACCCUGGGCACCCGCCCAUUCCAGCACCCUGCUGAGGACAUUGUCUGAAGUGCCUUCUGGACGGCUCCUCCCUCUGCUCCCUGCACUGUAUACAUCAGUGUCCACGUGGGAUGUUCGUUCUUAUCCCCGGGUUCUUAAAGGCACUGUAGGGCCAUGCUCAGGUUUAGACACUGGACUGGGAAGAAAUUGAUUUUCCUGACUUCACAAUUUAAGAGAUUUUUAUAUUGGAGCAGUAAAAUUAGAGCCAUUCCUUUCUAGUCUCCUUGUUAACUAAAUCACAAGAACUUGAAAAGGAUGUACAUUGCUAUUGCACAAAUUCAUAGAAGCAGUUUCUGUCCGUUAGAAUGGGGGAGCUGUGGAUUUGAAUAGUGUCUAGUCCCUCCUUCCAUUUCUAAUAGCCAUGUGACCCUUAGUCGAGUCACUUCCCGAGUCUCAGGUUCGUCUGUGAAGUGGGGUACCCUGUGCCCGCUCUGUUUGCCUUCCAGAGCAGCCGUGAGCGUCCUGUGAAGGAGGAGGUCUGCGGAAGGCACGGAGGCACUGGAGUACCAGAGAGGGAGGAAGUACUACUAGGACAAUCCUAAGACUGAGAACAGCUUGUCAGGUAAUACUCUCAGACAGUUCCACAGAAGGGAGCAUUUUGGCAGUCUUUAUGGUCUUUAGCACCUUAAAGAUUAAAACUCUUCGAAUUCAAGGUAGUAUGUUCAUGUAUGGACCAAACUGAGCUGAGGACUGGAAGACAGAACAAAUGUAUAAUUUUGAAGCGGCAACUGGGAGCACGGACAGAUAUUUUAACGAAUUGCUCUGGAUAAAAAAGAAGAAAAGGAAAACAGUAAGAAAGUUGUCUUCCCGUCUGAAGUACAUUAAAACUAAGAACAAUCUUUAUGUGAAAAAAAAAGUUACAUAAAAGGUCUCACUGAAGCAGAGCACCCAGUGACUUCUGAGGCUGCAGGCCAUGAGACUCUCCUCUGGUGGUUUGAUGACAGCCUGCACCUUGGGCCCAAGACGGGACCAGCAGACCGUGGGCUCCAGCAGCCAAAGCCUGCAAGGUAA